AUUGCUCAGUGAAGAGGUGAUAUUGAUGUACAUUCAUCAACAUUUAUAUUUUAUAAACAUAAAUAUAAGAGAUCAUAUACAAAAAGGACUUCCAAAAUAAUGCAAAUUUACAUAGAUUGAAGUUCGUUAAGAACCUUCUGAAUUUUAAAGGAUCUUUAACAAGAAAUAUAAAUAUUCAAACAUGGGUCCACCAAAGAAAAUUAAAAAGUAUGAUUCUAAGCCUGGAGGAGAGAGAUCAGGUAAAAAGAAAAAAAUUGAAGAGGAGAUAACAAUAGAUUUAGUUGAUGAUGAUAACACUGAAAAUACUGGCGUACCUGUGGCUGCUACCCAGGAUGCUGAGAAAAAUGACCAAGUACCAGAAGACGAGUUUGGAGCCAAGGACUACAGGAGUCAAAUGGAAUUGAAGUCGGAUAAUGCAAGUCGUCCCCUUUGGGUAGCACCAAAUGGUCAUAUAUUUUUAGAAGCAUUUUCGCCUGUCUACAAGCAUGCCCAUGACUUUUUAAUUGCAAUUGCUGAACCUGUAUGCAGACCCCAACUGAUUCAUGAAUACAAGCUGACUGCAUACAGUUUAUAUGCAGCUGUAUCAGUGGGUUUGCAGACCAAUGACAUCAUAGAAUACCUACAGCGGCUCAGCAAAUGUGCAGUACCAGCGGGAAUCAUGGAGUUUAUCAAACUAUGCACAUUAUCCUAUGGCAAAGUCAAACUUGUUCUUAAACAAAACAGGUAUUUAGUCGAAAGCAAGCACGUGGAGGUACUCCAGAAGUUGUUACGGGAUCCUGUAGUGCAACAAUGCCGGCUACGCAGAGAUGGUGAUGAUGAGCUCAUGUCGUCUGUGCUACCGAACAAACCGACCACAGCUACUACAAAACCUGAUGAGAAACUACCAGCAAACGGCAGUGUGCCUGAAGACAUCAGCCAGUUCUACCAACAGUUGGAUAAGGAUGAUGACGACGAAGAAGCUACGGACACAGCAAACGCAGCGGUCGCCUUUGAAGUCGAUCCCGAAAAAAUUGAGGUGAUACAAAAACGAUGUAUCGAGCUGGAGUAUCCUCUGUUAGCAGAAUACGAUUUCCGAAACGAUGCAGUUAACCCCGAUAUCAAUAUUGAUCUAAAACCCACAGCUGUUCUGAGGCCAUAUCAAGAAAAGAGCUUGAGAAAAAUGUUCGGAAAUGGACGAGCGAGGUCCGGGGUAAUAGUACUCCCGUGCGGUGCUGGAAAGUCGUUAGUAGGCGUAACCGCUGUGUGUACGGUCCGCAAACGAGCUCUUGUCUUGUGCAAUUCCGGUGUCUCCGUCGAACAGUGGAAACAGCAGUUCAAAUGCUGGUCUACGGCUGACGAUAGCACCAUUUGCAGGUUCACGUCAGAAGCCAAAGAUAAGCCCAUGGGCGCUGGUAUCCUAAUAACGACCUACUCUAUGAUCACCCAUGGACAGAGACGAUCAUGGGAAGCGGAGCAGACGAUGAAGUGGCUCCAAGCACAGGAAUGGGGUUUGGUGGUGCUAGAUGAGGUCCACACUAUACCGGCGAAGAUGUUCCGAAGAGUUCUCACUAUCGUACAUUCGCACGCUAAAUUAGGUCUAACCGCGACCCUCCUCCGCGAGGACGACAAAAUAGCAGAUCUGAACUUCUUAAUCGGGCCAAAGUUGUAUGAAGCCAAUUGGCUGGAGCUGCAGGCGGCUGGCUUCAUCGCCCGUGUCCAAUGUGCAGAAGUCUGGUGCCCUAUGACGCCCGAGUUCUACCGCGAGUAUCUCGUGCAGAAAAUCAACAAAAAAAUGCUACUCUACGUAAUGAAUCCGUCAAAAUUCCGCGCUUGCCAAUUCCUCGUACGCUACCACGAACGACGCGGGGACAAAACAAUAGUUUUCUCAGACAACGUCUUCGCGUUGCGCCAUUAUUCGGUCAAAAUGAACAAGCCAUACAUUUAUGGACCCACAUCGCAGAACGAAAGAAUACAAAUCCUACAGAACUUCAAGUUUAACCCAAAGGUUAACACGAUAUUUGUGAGCAAAGUCGCCGAUACGAGUUUUGAUCUCCCCGAAGCUAAUGUUCUUAUACAAAUUUCUUCACACGGAGGUUCGAGACGGCAAGAAGCACAGCGGUUAGGUCGUAUUCUAAGAGCUAAGAAAGGUGCGAUCGCAGAGGAAUACAACGCGUUCUUCUAUACAUUAGUCUCACAAGAUACUCUGGAAAUGGCGUACAGUAGGAAAAGACAACGGUUUCUUGUCAACCAGGGAUACAGUUAUAAGGUAAUUACAGAAUUGAAGGGAAUGGAUCAAGAGCCCGAUUUAAUGUAUGGAACCAGGGAGGAACAAGGCAUGUUGCUACAACAGGUAUUAGCAGCAUCAGAAACAGAAUGUGAGGAAGAGAGGGAGGGUGGGCUAGGCGGAAGUGGGGGCGUGUCACGUCGCGCAGCCCCUCUGUCCUCUUUGGCUGGAGCUGAUGAUGCUCUGUAUCUGGAGCAUCGCCGUGGACAGCAUAAUAAGCAUCCGCUUUUUAAGAAGUUCCGAUACUGAUUUGCUAGUAAAUCCGAGACGGAGUCUGGCGUUCCCGAAUGGGCCAUAGUCGAAGUGCAAGGGCUCAUACAAAUUAAGAAGGAUCAGUCUGGACCAACCGUUGUCGGGGAUUUGCAUUUCUUUAAUAGGAACAAACAUCCCGUACUAAUCU